ACGCCACGGGCUCACGCCGGGCUCGCUUUACGGGAGAGGGAAGAGAGUUUUCUUCCUCUGGGACGCUGCACCUGCGCCACGACUCCCCGCCCUCCGCCGCACCGCCCGCCGCCCCGUUUCCUCGUCGUCAUCGCCUGUGAGUCCAUCCUGUUCGAGUCGUCGACAGAGACUCCAGCGGCCGCCGUACUUGUCGGAAACCUGAACGCGUCUCGGCGUCUUUCUGCGCGCGAGCGCUUCCUCGUGUAAAAUGCGGAGGAGCGAGCAACCUUUCGAACACUGAAAAGCCCCUCCACCUCUGCCGGGUGGAAAUGCAGGACAAAAACGGCAAAGCGGCGGCGGGGGGGAGUCCCGCCGGGGGAAGCGCAGGCGCCGCGGCUCAGAAUUCACUGCAUACUAAUGGGCACUCCAUCACUCAAAAUGGCCACUACCCGGCAGUCACACAAACCCCAGAGCCACAGACUGAAUCCCGGGCCCCGAGUCCCGUCCCAGCUCCAGCAGCCAUCGUCCCGAGGGAGCAGUGGGGCGGAAAGCACGAGUUCCUCCUCUCAUGCAUCGGAUACUGCGUAGGACUGGGGAACGUGUGGAGGUUCCCGUACCUCUGCUAUCGCAAUGGAGGAGGUGUGUUUCUCAUCCCGUACUUCAUUAUGCUCAUUGUUACGGGCGUUCCACUUUUCCUCAUGGAGCUGAGUUUAGGCCAGUAUGGUGCAGCUGGUCCGAUUACAGUGUGGAAAUGUUGCCCUUUACUCAAAGGUAUUGGAAUUGGGAUGCUGUGUGUGUCCACACUGGUGUGUCUCUACUAUAAUGUCAUCAUAGCGUGGACAUUCUACUACCUGGGCAGCUCGUUUCAGAGCCCGCUUCCCUGGUCAUGUGAUGCUAUCGCCAAUGCUGCUAUUUGUGGUAAUGGCACCAUCGGAAAUAAUUCUCGGAGCCCCUCAGAGAUUUUCUGGAAUGAGAACGUGCUGGGUGUAGUACACAGUGAGGGCCUCCAUGACCCGGGCCCCGUGCGCUGGCCCCUGGCCCUCUGCCUCCUGGCGGCCUGGAUCAUCAUCUUCCUGUGCAUGCUGAAGGGCAUCCGCAGCUCUGGGAAGGUGGUCUAUGUGACCGCCACAUUCCCGUACUUGGUCCUCAUCGUAUUGAUCAUCAGAGGGGCCACGCUGGAGGGCUCUCUUGACGGGGUUCGUUUCUACCUCACACCAGACUGGGGCCGGUUAGCUAACGCUCAGGUGUGGAAUGACGCAGCCUCGCAGAUCUUCUACUCCUUAGGUAUAGGAGUUGGAGGUCUGCUUUCUAUGGCCUCUUACAAUAAGUUUGACAAUAAUGUCAUCAGGGACACGAUAAUCAUCACCAUAGGAAACUGCAGCACCAGCUUCUUUGCAGGAUUUGCCAUUUUCUCAAUUCUGGGUCACAUGGCAUGGAGGAAGAAAGUGCCUGUUGGAGAGGUGGCUGAUUCAGGUCCGGGGUUGGCCUUUGUUGCCUACCCAGAGGCCCUUGCUCUACUUCCAGGCUCAGUUUUCUGGUCCAUUCUGUUCUUUCUCAUGCUCUUUAUGCUGGGGAUUGAUACACUGUUUGGCAACAUGGAGGGAAUCACCACAGCCGUACUGGAUGAGUUCCCACAUCUCAGGGGGAACACGCUGCACAAGUCCUUGUUCUUAGGCGCUCUUUGCUUCUGCUUCUACCUGAUGGGGCUCCUGUUAGUGACAAAUGGAGGGAUUUACUGGUUCACUCUCAUAGACUCCUUCAGCACUAGUUUUGGCCUCAUCAUCAUCACCUUGUUCAUGUGCAUUGGCAUCUCCUUCUUCUAUGGUGUCAACCAGUUUUGUCAGGACAUUGUUGACAUGAUCUGCCACUGCCCUCCCUGGUGCAGCAAAGUGCUGCUUUACUUCAAAGCAUGCUGGGUUUUCUGCACUCCAUUUCUUCUGCUUUUCAUUCUGACCUACAUCUUUAUUGAGAUGUACAACACUCCGCUCCACUACGGCUCUUAUGUGUAUCCACGGUGGGGGAAAGCUUUGGGCGUCUGCAUGGGUGCGACCUGUUGUCUGCAGAUCUUCAUCUGGGCCAUUGUGGCCAUCAGCAGGGAAACUGGAACACUGAAAGACCGUUUCCGGAAGUCAAUUCGACCCCUGAAUUCCUGGAGGGUGAACAACUUGAACAGCACCGGGAGAGCUGAAGAGCGCUUGGAGCCUGAGAGGGUAGAGGCUCCGUUCACUGUUACACUCACCGACAUGGACUUUACUGCAAUGACGUGGGAGUUGGGAAGCCAGGCAUAAAGGAGCAGCAAUGAGCUCACAACAAUGAGCAGACUCUGUUGUUAAGAGACAGAGACAUUUAGAAUUUUGUUACCCACCCCAGCGAGGCUCUGGUGGCUUUGCCGGAUCAGAUUGCAUCCUGCAGGGCAGUGUGGAAUACCAGCUUUAUUUAUACUAUUGUGGAUGGAGAAAACUUGUUUUUUAUAUAUUUUAUUUUGUCUAGAAGAUAUCAUAUAAUUAAGUUUCACAGACACCACCCAAACUCAGCAGAUGGACCCCAGAGGUAUAUAAAUGAAGGACUUAAUAAAAAGUACGGUUAUACUCCAACCCGCAGAAGGACCAGGAGAAGUGAGCACACAUCAUUAAAGAUGUGUGCAGAUGACUGAUCAGCACAAUCAACAGCAAUUUUUAUUCCGUCUUAUUGUUUUUUUUUGUUUUUUUUAUGAAUGACUGCUACAAAAAAUUUUGGGUAGUAAAAAGAAAAAAGGUUUACUAUUCCAAGGUACCGUCCUCAUGUUUUUAGCAAAUUUUUCUGAUGCCUAAUCUGAUCAUCUUCAUACAGCUUCUUGAAGAAAAAUCUGCCAGUUAUUCAAUUCUAUUGAAAAUAUAACAAUGUUGACAUCGUAACAAAGUAUUUCCUGUAAGGAAAACUUUUUAAAUGAUUGCUAAUUUUUAGGACAAAUUGUUUAUUUGUCUCUUUAUUUGUAGUUUUUUACAGUUAUGUGCUGGGACCAUACGCAAAGUUUCUAUUUUGUUUUGCUGUAUAUAAGCUCUUCUAAAGUCGCGGUUAUGUCACGACUACUAUCUGGUGAAGCACAUGUAGUUUAAAAAACAGAAAUAGAAAUUUGCUCUAUUCCUCUAAGGAUAACAACUUGUAUUUUUUUGUUGAUGCAAAUGUUACUCAGAUGUUAGAUUGCUCACUCAGCCAAACAGCUCUAUAUAAAAUAAUAUACUGGACCUUUAUGCCAAUGUUGUUGUGUUUUUUUCCCUGCAAAAUCCAUGCGGAUCCAUCCAGACAUAAAAACAUGUUUCUUUAAAAAAAAACUACAUACUACAAACUUCAAUGCAUGUGGAAUGAAUGUGGUGUAAACAUGGCUCAUAAAUCACACUAGUGGCCCUUUUUUACAUUGCCUUAAUGCCUUAGGAUCAUGUUUGAUGUAGCUGCUGAAAAAUAAUGUUAAACAUGACAAUCAUCUACAGACGAAUGUAGAAUUAAGAUGCUGACAGUUUUAAAAAUAGUCCAUGGGCCACUUCCUGCUUUAAUGUCCUAUUUUGCUCUUGUAUGCCUGCAAAGAAAAAGCAAAACAUUUUGAUUAUUUAAACUGUAUUAAUUCGAGGUUACUUUAAAAAUGUUUACAUUUUUUGGUUUGAGGAAUUUCAUAAUUUCAUUUUAGCUUCACCCAUAUGAUUAACAAAUGGUUGAGAUUUCAGCCUCUCUGCUGUUUGGGUUUUUACACCUGUGAAAUGAUUGCAAGAUAAUGAUUGGAAACAGAAUAAUUUCACAUCCCUCGUAAAACAGAAAUUGUGAAAUUAACUGACGAAUAAA